AUGUCCCCAAGCACCGCAUUCCUCGAAGCCCUCAAGGAGCGCCGCAGCAUCUACGCGCUCUCGAAAUCCUCCCCCAUUUCCGAUAGCGCCAUCCAGGACAUCGUCACGCAAGCCAUCCUGCACACGCCCUCGUCGUUCAACUCGCAGACUACGCGCGCCAUUCUGCUUGUUAAGGGCGAGCAUGAUAAGUUGUGGGAUAUUACCAAGGAGGUGCUGAAGGGGAUUGUGCCAGCGGAUCAGUAUGCUAGUACUGAGGCGAGGUUGAAUGGGUUUCAGGCUGGGUAUGGAACUGUCCUAUUUUUCACCUCCCGCUCCGCGGUCCAGAAAAUACAAGACGCAUUCGCCAUCUACGCCGACCGCUUCCCCCCCUGGGCCGUGCAGAGCAACGGCAUGACACAGCUCGCUGUAUGGACCGCGCUCGAGCUCGAAGGCCUCGGUGCUAACCUGCAGCAUUACAACCCGCUGAUCGACCAAAAGGUGCAGGCGGCGUGGGGCGUGGAUGAGGAUUGGGAGUUGAAUGCGCAGUUGGUGUUUGGGAAGAAGGAGGGGGAGGCGGCGGAGAAGGCUUUCCAGCCUAUUGAGGAGAGGUUCAAGGCGUUUGGUGUUUGA